AUGGCGACCAACGAGGACACUGGGUUGGUUGACGCAAGCGUUCAAACACCGUUGGUUGACCAAAACUCGAGGUUAGCUGAAGAAGUGAGAAUGUUAAAACAACACAUGGCAAGCAUGUAUCGGGCUUGGAUGACUGGUCAGGAACCACCUCCACCGCUACCUGGCUUCUUUGACAUUUACCCUAAUAUUCCGACCUCAACUCGAGCUCCACUCAUUGUGCCUGGUGAUCCAUCUAACAGUGGGCCCAUGUUCAAAACCCGUAAUGCUCAACCCUAUACUCUAGAACCGAUUUUAAAUGUCUCUAAUCCUCACUUUGAGCCUCCCGUUAAUAGUGAAAAACUUGAUAAGACCGUGGAUGAUGAGGAAAUGACUAGAAAGAUGAAAAGCUUGGAGCAAUCCAUAAGAUACUUGCAAGGUCAGGAAGGUCACAAGAGUACUCCAAAGUUUGACAAGUAUGAUAGGCAUGGUGAUCCUGUGGCCCAUUUGAAGAGGUAUUGCAAUCAGUUGAGAGGAGCGGAAGGUAAGGACGAAAUGCUUAUGGCCUGCUUUAGUGAUAGCUUAACAGGAAUAGCCUCGGAUUGGUUGACUGAUCAGGACACCAUUAAGUGGCAUAUUUGGGAUGACAUGGCUCAAGAGUGGAGAGAGCAAGUUGCUAGAGUAAAGCCUCCAAUGGCAGAAGGUGAGGUGGUGGAUACUUUUCUCCAAGCCCAAACUGAAGAAUACUAUCAACACAUGCUCCCAGCACUGGGCAAACCCUUCAUUGAGGUCAUCAAGAUGGGGGAAAUGAUAGAAGACGGAAUCAAAACAGGACGUAUCAUAAGUUUUGCUGAGAUGAAAGUAAAUGCUAAAGUAACUCAAAAUGGUUACAGAAGCCUGAGCGACAUGAAGGAAAAUGGUGAUAUAGCCAUGAUUAUACCAGAACUGCGACGAGGUGUGAGGGGUCGAUCUCGCUCAUAUACCCAGCCAGAACUUCAAGUCUAUUCCCAAACUCCAUACACACAACCUCAACAUUACUAUCCUCCACAAGACCCUCAAUAUUCCAUGUCACCUCUCCAGUACUUUGCCUGUGCUGCACAGCCAUAUGUGCAACCAUAUCCUUACCAACAAUAG